AUGGUCAAGGAGACAAAGUUGUACGAGGCCCUCGAGGUCGACCCUGGCUGCUCUGAUUCCGAGCUCAAGAAGGCCUACAGAAAGUUGGCCUUGAAGUUCCAUCCUGACAAGACUGGAGGCGCUACCUCGGAAAAGUUCCAGGAGAUCAGCCACGCAUACGACAUUCUUUCUGACGCUCAGAAGCGUCAGGUGUACGAUCAGUACGGUGAGGCUGGACUCUCUGGUGAGGGUGCUGGUGGUCCUGGCGGUAUGGGCGGUCUUUCGCCCGAGGAUCUUUUCAGCCACUUCUUUGGCGGCGGUGGUGGUGGACGUGGCGGCCGUCCCUCGGGACCCCGCCGUGGCAAGGAUGUUGCACACGGAUUGAAGGUGACCCUCGAGGAUCUCUACAAGGGCAAGACCACCAAGUUGGCUCUUCAGAAGAACGUCCUCUGCGAGAAGUGCGACGGCAAGGGUGGAAAGGAGGGCGCUGUCAAGACCUGCGCUACCUGCCACGGACAGGGUUACCGUGUCAUGCUCCGUCAGAUGGGACCCAUGAUGCAGCAGAUUCAGCAGCCCUGCGGUGACUGCCGUGGAGAGGGAGAGAUCAUUAACGCCAAGGACAAGUGCAAGUUCUGUAACGCCAAGAAGGUCACCCAGGUCCGCAAGGUUCUGGAGGUCCACAUUGACCGCGGCAUGAAGGACGGCAGAAAGAUUGUUUUCAACGGCGAGGGCGACCAGGCUCCUGGCACCGUCCCCGGAGACGUUGUCAUUGUUUUGGAGCAGCGUGAGCACACCCGUUUCCGUCGCAACGGCGAUGACUUGUUCUACGAUGCCAAGAUCGACCUUGUCACUGCCCUUGCUGGUGGUAAGAUCCAGAUCCCCCACUUGGAUGACCGUAUCCUCAUUGUUGAGAUCCUCCCCGGCGAGGUCAUCAAGCCUGGUGAUUUGAAGGCUGUGAUGGGACAGGGUAUGCCCACCGAGAGACACCACGACUUCGGUAACCUCUACAUCCAGUUCGAGAUCGAGUUCCCUACCGCCAACUGGACCGACGUCGCCAAGAUCGAGCAGCUCCGUUCUAUCCUCCCCCCAUCAGCCGAGCUCCCCGCCCUCCCCAAGGGUGCCCACAUUGAGGAGGUCAGCCUCACAGAGAUGGAUCCCCGCCAGAAGGCAAGAGCCGAGCAGGGUCACAUGGGCGAUGAUGAUGAGGAGGGCCAGGGUCCUGGUGUCCAGUGCGCUCAGCAGUAA